CAUCCUAGACCGGUGUCCUUAAGGUUACCCUGACUGUUCAAACCCAGUUACCUCUUGACCCAUCGCUAACCACUUUUGUUUUUUAAAAAAACAAAAAUCUCAUACUCAUAACAAACAGGUCAGGCGAGUAAAUAAAGACGACUUUUAUUGAGGCUCCGCGGUCAGACUCAGAGAGAAGUUGAGACUGUCUCUUUAAAGCGCUGAGGACAGUCGUGAGUGAGUGUGUGAAGGAGGGGCGUUGGCGUCUGAUUUUGGGAUCGAGCUGUUUUCAUCGUCUGUCCCUCAGGCUGGUACUCAACAACUCAGACUAAGAGUGUCGGGGAAUUCAGCUGUUUGCAUUUGAAUAAGUCUUGAUUUUCAAAUACAGUGAAACCAAAGUCCCGCAGACGCUGGAGAUCCUGAAGUAAAGGAGCUGGAGAAACUUAGCAGCAUUACUCUCGGACUCUGUUUGAAGACAGCUCCUUGAAUCCAUCAUGCUGCUGUUGCUAACCUCGAUCUUCCUCCUGCAUCUGACUGCCAUCAUCCUCCUCAUCAUCUCCACAGCCCACAAUGUUUGGUGGAGCAGCAAGGGUUAUUGCAUGGACAUCUGGAAGCAGUGUUUCUACACAAACAACAGCUGUGUAGAUGUCCACUAUCAAGGCAAGGAAGAAUACUUACAGACUGUCCAGGCUGGCAUGGUGCUGGCUGUGAUCUUUGCCUGCUGUGGGCUGUUCAUCUUCAUCUGCCAGCUUUUCACACUGAAGAAAGGAAAUCGAUUUAUCUUCACUGGUCUCUUUCAGCUGCUCUCCUGUCUCUGCGUGAUCACUGCAGCCAGCGUCUACACCGUCCACUUCCACUCCGAUGACAAGAAUGGGGGGUAUGGCUCCUCGUACAUCUUGGCUUGGAUCUGCUUCCCUUUGACGCUCCUCAGCAGCAUUAUCUAUGUCAUCCUGCGUAAACGGGAGUAAAAGCCGGUGGCGAAUGCACUGGAGGCUGCUGGGAUUGCUCUGGGAAGGUGGAUCUUGGGAGCUCAAGCAUAUGUUAGUUUCUGGAGCAAUGUUCGACUGAAAUUCCGUUUUGAAAAAGGGAAACUUAUUUUUGUAAAUUCUUUUCUCAAAUCUGCUCUUUCGCUCAUGUUCCCUCCUUGACUCCUCAACUCUUCCCUUUCAGUGUAAAAAUGCCUGUUUUUUGUUUCAGUUAGAUGGGUGAGGGGCUCAUAGAAGGACAGAUCAAUCGUGUUCCUUUUUGUUGGGUUUUUGUGGGGUGGGGGGGUGGGCAGGAGUUGUUGGUGUAAUCUCCAGGUUUUCUAGCCCCUCUGGCAAAUACAAGGCAACUUUAAACUUAUUUUUUUAAAAAACAGUGACUUCUAACCAAAGUGAACCAAGGAAACAUGAAACCUUCACAUGAGCGAAUUUGCUUUGAACCACCAUAAUAAGAUUGGGUCUGGUGUCUCAUCUCUGGCACCUUGAACAGAAUGACUUGUAGCGCCUCUUGCUGCGGCAAAACUGCUACUACACUGGAGAGAGAUCCCAUGGUGUGUCCCUGGCCAGAGGAAUGUAUCUGAUUAGAAGGUUGGAGAGAAGGAAACCAUCUCCGAUCCAACAGAUGAGCCUAGUCUUCGAUAAUGGCGAUGCAAUUAAAUUCUAGGACGUAUGUUUGUUGGCUAGACCCAUGCCUGCAGUAGAGUGGGACCAAGAUUAGAGUGCUUUUGCACCCUCAUGCCUUUGGAAGACCUAUCCCUAAUGAGCAGGUCUGCUCGAAGCUUGUCCUUGGUUGAGGGUAGGGAGUGUGAUUGGGAUUAAUUGUUUGCCCCUGCACCAUUACAGCGUACUUUGACUCAUUAAUAAGAACAGGAGUUAUGGCUCUCUACCCUUGUCAUCUCAAUAACUGGUGGAGGGAGCCACUGAGGGGAGAACGGACAGAUGUAAUCAGUAACAAAACACCUUUUUAUUCAGGAAGUCCCAAAACCUUUCUCUGACCCAUCUGACAAUAUUUUUUUUAACCUGUAAGAAAAAGAUAUUUUCAGUGCCAUUUAAUUUUUCAAUAUGCUUCCAGGCCGUUUUCUAAUAUUUAGUUUUGACAACGUAUUCUUCAAAUGACGCUCCUGCAACUGACCGUGUCACUUGUUAAAAAAUAAAGGUGGCCGUUUUCCUUCCCACCUACAUUCAGCUUGUCAAACGAGUCUCCUAGUCACGGGAUAUUCCUCAGUGUUAAAAUUUGCUAGGCUUAGGUAAAUCUUCCCCCUACCUCCCUUACCCUGACCCUGUACACUACCCCCCCCCCCCCCCCCCCCCCAACAAAAUCAAUGCUUAACUCCCUCCAGUUCAUCUUCAGUACAGAUGGUGGGAAGUACAUCGUGCUGUGGGAGGAGGGAUUGUUUUAUCUUUUUUUUUGUAAGACUGCCGCUACAUAAACAUUUUUUAGAAACAAGCAAAAAUAUGCUAACUAGUAAUAAAUGAAUAUUAUAUUGUUA